UUUUCUUUCUUUCCUAAUGAAAACAGGUCCACAUAACAAGAAGACUUCAAUGCACCAUCCGUUUUAACAUUUUUUCACUGUUAUCAUUCCCACUGAUUCUUUGAACAUGGAAAGUGCAAUUUCUUGGAGCAGAGAAGAAGAGAAAGCUUUUGAGAAUGCAAUUGCUACCCAUUGGACUAAGGAGGAAGAGGACUUCAAAGAGCUGUGGGAAAAGAUUGCUUCUUUGGUGCCAAGUAAAAGUAUUCAAGAAUUGAAACUACACUACCAAUUACUAGUGGAGGAUGUUAGUGCAAUAGAGGCAGGAAAUAUUCCACUUCCUAACUAUGUAGGAGAGGAAGCUACUUCUUCAGCUAAGGAUUCUCAUGGAAGUUCUGGGGCUGUGGCUACAGAUAAGAGAUUGAAUUGUGGUUAUGGAAGUGGGUUUUUUGGGUUAGGACAUAACUCGUCCGGACAUGGAGGAAAAGGAGGAUCAAGGACGGACCAAGAAAGAAAAAAAGGAAUUCCAUGGACAGAAGAAGAGCAUAGGUUGUUUCUGCUAGGUCUUGACAAGUUUGGAAAAGGUGAUUGGAGAAGCAUAUCAAGAAACUUUGUGAUAUCAAGAACUCCUACACAAGUGGCCAGUCAUGCUCAGAAAUACUUCAUUCGGUUGAACUCAAUGAAUAGAGACAGGAGGAGGUCUAGCAUCCAUGACAUUACUAGUGUGAACAAUGGAGACGUAUCGUCUCAUCAAGCACCCAUUACUGGCCAACAAGCUAACACAAACCCAGCAGGUGCCGUUGCCACUGCUGCUAUUGGAUCUUCAGUGAAGGAUAGGGUUCAACCCCAUAUGCCUAGUUUAGGCAUGUAUGGUGCACCAGUUGGGCAUCCUGUUGCUGCUCCUCCAGGUCACAUGGUUUCAGCUGUUGGGACUCCUGUUAUGCUUCCUCCUGGACACCAUCCUCACCCACAUCCUCCCUAUGUUGUUCCAGUCGCUUACCCAAUGGCACCACCACAAACAAUGCACUAAUAAUAAUGCAUCUCUCUCUCUCAGUUCGAAGAUUGAAGAGAUUGUGAUGAAUGCCAAGGAAGACGAUUCUUUUAGCUGGGUAUUGGAACAGAGAUUUAUUGAUGUAGAGUAGCAACAUAAUAAUUUGGCAUAUCAUCGACCUUGUCUGAUUAAUAAGUCAAAUGCAUUUCUCGUCCA